UACCAAUUAGCAACACACUAGAUAAGUGGCGUUUAUUUUAUAAUUUUUUAAAGUUUAUUUGAGUGAAUGAGAUAGGAGGCCGCACAUUCUAUCCGAGAAGGGAAGGCUUCGAUUGGAGACGGAAGGCUGAACUCGAACUGUGCUCUCGUCGACGGAGGAGACAGGACGGAAGGCGGAGCUCUUGUCGACGGAGGAGACCUGACGGAAGGCUGAGCUCUCGUCGACGGAAGAGAGGAACUGUGCCGACCAUCUGCAUCGAACGCGAAGGUCCGAAUCUGACCUUCGCCGGACGGAAAAUGACGGCGGCCAUCAAACUGCAAAGGAUGAAGUGGUGUUUUAGUAUGGGGACCUUGUGUUGAACCGUGGGGAUUUGAUGACAGUACAUUCCGGUGAGCACAUAUCGCAUCUUGUGCUUGAUGCGUGGUCUACCAUUCUUAAUCACAAAGAGCUCUACCAUAGUGUGGAUUCCCCUUUCAGAUUCUUUGCAAAGUCAUAGAAAUGUUUAUAUAUGUCUGAAGGCAGUACCUGAUGAAACCCCACUGCGUUUGAUAAUUUUGUGAUGCAUUGGAUGCUUAUUGGACCUCUACCACACCAUUAAAUGCAGAUCUGGCAUAGUACUUGCUAUGAUAUUUAUCCCAGUAGGCUGGAAGUGUUGGAGAGGACAUGCGGGCUAAGAUGCGUGACAUGCUUGUGCAAUCCUUUGAAAACGAAGGCAUGAAAGGAAAGCUGAGAAAGCUAGGUACACAGCCGCCAACGCGGCUUAAAAUGCCUUGGAGGGAGCCCACUUCCAUACAUCAGGACGGUGUUGCAACUAUGCGUCAUAUGGAGACUUACAUGGGUCGUGGAGUCAAAGGAUGGGACUGUGGAUUGAGCAGGGAAGAUUGGAAAGCCUUUAAUGCAUUACGGUCAAAGUACUGUGCUUGUAUUGUUUUGGCUGAGGUGAAUGAGAUGAAGGAGGAGAAUAUGACAAAGGUAAAUAAGUUUGUGGCUUGUUGAUGUUGGUUAUGCAUUCAUUUUUUACUUUUGCACCAUAAUAUUUGGGGAGUAAAUUUCAGUAAUGGUGCCUGAACUUUCACUGGAAUUUCGAAGUGGAUCUUGAACUUUAAAUCUUUUCACAAAAGUACCUGAACCUACAUAAUCUUUUCACUAAAAGUCCAUUUACCCGUUUCCAGGUUAACUUCCGGU